AUGAGUCAACUGGGCAUGAACCAAUCAGGCAUGAAACAAUCAAGCUUACCAGACAUGAACCAACCAGGGAUGAGCCAGCCAGGCACGAGCUUAUUUGCUACGAACCAACUGGACAUAAACCAACCAAAUACAAACUUACCUGACAUGAAUCAACUGAGCAUGAAACAACCAGGUAGGAGCCAACCAGGCGGGAGCCAAACAGGCACAUGGCAUCCAGGUAUGAGCCAACCAGGCACGUGGCAACCAGUUAGGAGCCAACCAGGCCUGAGCCAGUUCACUGUAAGUCAAUCAGGCACGAGGCAACCAGGCUGGAGCCAAUCAGGCAUAAGUCGAGCAGGAAGAAGCCAAUCAGGGACAAGGCACCCAGGCAUGAACCAGCCAAGUCCAAGUCAACCAGGCAUAAGGCAACCAGGCAGAGGCCAAUCAGACAUGAGGCAACCAAGCUUGAAUUCUUUCCGAGUAAGACCUGCAGGGGCUCAUGACUCUCCUGAAAUCCUGCGCCUAAUUAAAGAAUUGGCUUCCUGUGAAAACAUGCUAGAUUCAGUGAAGUUAACAGUAACAGAUUUACUCAGGGAUGGCUUUGGGGACAAUCCCCUUUUCUAUUGCCUAAUUGCAGAAGUACACAAUCAACAAAAACCAUCAGGCAAAGUGACUGUUGGAUUUGCCAUGUACUACUUUACGUACAACCCCUGGAUUGGCAAGUUACUUUACCUAGAGGACUUUUAUGUCAUACAAGCUUACCGAGGUCUAGGUAUUGGAGCUGAAAUGUUGAAGAGGUUAAGUCAGAUAGCCAUCAGAAGCCAAUGUAACUGCAUGCACUUUCUUGUUGUCAUUUGGAACCAGGCUUCUAUUGACUACUAUACUCGUCGAGGGGCUUUAGACCUUUCCUCUGAGGAGGGCUGGCAUCUGUUCAGGUUUAACAGAGAAGAACUCAUGGAUAUGGCAAAGGAAGCGUAA